AUGAAAGUUGGUGUUGACGCUGGCUGGCCUCUCUCUUCGAGCCGGGCCCCGGUGCAACCUAUGGGGCCGGGCAACCGUGGGGGACGAUUUAGACGCGGACAGGGCGAUUCCGUUUACACUGCGACGUUCCGGAACUAUACCUUGUUGAGAAGCUCUAUGUGCCGAUGCAACCUCAUGUCACUCAACCGAACGCAACCAAACGACCUAUCGAGAGGGCCCAAGAGGUGGCCAAGACGCGGGAAGCACAUCAUACAACCACCUAAAGACGCGGUUCACUUCUUCGCGCCUAAAUCAUACAGGUCCAUGUCACAUAACUUGGCAGCUUUUCGGGAAGCUGCUUGUAUCGCUCCUAACCGGUUUCUGUCAACCUUUUUGGACGCUUUCUUCUUCCAUAUUGCGCGAAAACAGCGCAAGGCGGGUGAUCACAUUGCAGUUGCCGCAACGAGCCAUCUCCUCCGAGCCGCUGCCGCCGUCUGCAUCGGAAGCCCGACCGUAGUGGGGUCACGGAGCUGGGGGUGGGCCGGGGCGACCAGGACUGGAUUCCUCAAGGGCUUCGGUUGUUGGCUCGUUGGCCUACGACAUUGUCCCGCACUUUGUCAAGUUUUCGUCAGCAUCUUCAAGGACCGUUUCCCGCGGAAUUUCAUUACGAUCCUGGCCUUCGGAAGCCCUGUGACGUUUACUCCGAGUCAUUUUCGAACGCGCGGGAUUAGUUGUGACGUCGCUUCGUCAGCUCCCCCGGUCUCGACUAUAACCGAUGUCGGACAUUUCCUCACCCAAGGUGGCUGGGAUCAAAAGCCUCAAUUCGCCAAGUCGGCGACAUUAUCCGAGUAUCAGACGGAGCAGGACCGAAUUGGCAACUCUAACCUGCCCAUGCACACCUUGUUUGGACUUCCCAUGAUCUUCACUGGUCGGGGAGACCAUAAUUUCGGCCCACUUGGCACGCAAAAGGACUUGAACAUCGCGUACUUGUCGGGUUCGCAUCAAUUAACGUCAUUUGCGGCAUGUUUGCAGUUUGAAGAACUGAUCUUGUCUUACCCUCCUGCCGCAUCUAGCAGCUGUUUGUCUCACCCAUCUUUUCCUUCACGGUACUUGAACAUGGAGAGCCUAGAGCUUGAAAUAAAGUCCGAGGGCCUUUUGCAGAUCUUCCAGAACAGGCUUGAGGUUGUACGGAAGCCCAUGCCUUAUCAAGACUCAGAAUUUGUGUCAUAUUCGACACCAAAUACGCCUUCAGAUGAACAGAGGCGAUAUCUGAAAUGGGCUUUCUGCGGCAUCACAUGCUACCAAAUCAUCAAUGCAGGUAAAGUAGGUUUCAAGGUAGUCAACAUGCAAUUUUCCAAGUCCAAAAGCUGCUACUGUGUCCGAGGAACUUUUGAACAAGUCAACGGUCUCCAUCGUAUCCCACAAUCAAACGCAAAAAGUGAGAAUAGCUUCACCAAACCUACAAACAGAUGCGAUGGUAUAAGCAUGGAGGGUACAGUGCCCACAGCAACUCUCGCUCCUUCCGUUUUCCAUCGCUACAGACAGCCCCAUCUCAUCAAACGCCGCAUCCGAGUUCCGAAAAAGAAGCACCGCCGCUACACUCGAUCCAGAAUAUUUCCAAAACAGGAAAGUCACAUUCUCGCGAUAGCAUCUCGAGAUAGCACGCCUAGCAUCAACAUGUCUCGUUCCAGCUCUGGCAAGGUCAGCGCUUCCUCGGGUUCCACGGCCAACCUCAACCCGUCCGCUCAGCCCUUCACCCCCACGCGCGUCGAUAGUUCUCCUAACAGUACUCCAGUUGACCACGGUAUGUAUAUGCAUAUGCCAGCCAAAUACGCACAUCUCAAUCCUCCUCCUCCUCACAUGAGAGGCUUCAUUCCCCCGCGAUUUCACGUGCCAGCCCCACCCCCACCGUUUAGCCACGUCGAUCAGCAACCCGGAUCUUCACAUGGACAUGGUGCCAUCCCACCAUCACCAUCGCAACAUAACGCUAACCCCCAAACCGCAGGCGAUCUUGCCUACCACCAGACCAAAGCCGUUGAGGCUGCAAACAUGGCGGCAGCUCAAGGUAUGCCUUAUCCUGAGUACGAUCCUACCCACCCUCUUCAGCCUCCAUACCCGCCUCACCCAUUCUACCGUCCUUCCCAUUACGGCGCGCCUCAUGCGGCUCAUGCAGGCCCAAUCCCUCCUUCUCAUCCCGGUCUCAAAUUCCGUCCUGACAGUAAUCUAGGCUCUCGGCCUCCCGGCUACGGCCCUGACGAUCAUCGCUCUUCUCCAGUCGAUCCAGCAGCAGCUGCUGCUGGCUAUUCGACCUACAACCUGUACGCUCAAUACUUUCAACACACUCCUCCCGGACGUUCUUCUACGCCUGGUUCGGCCGGUCUUUCGGCCGGUCCCUUCAAUCCUACCACCCCGCCCAACCGGCACAGCAGACCCGGCCAAGCUGACCCCACUCCGCCAGCGCAUACAUUCUCCGAUGAUGGCGAGUUUUACCCCGGCACUGACCCACGCCUGAAGAACCAUAACCGCGCGGCAAACUCUCAGUGA